AUGGUAAACGAGACAAGCGCCGCACCUCCUCCACCUCCAGUCGCCAAGAAAUUCCCUGCUCCCGCUCCGGUCCCCAAACCGCCAGUUGUAUCUCCAACAGGUCCCGAAGGAGCCUUCCUUGUGGAGUUGAUGAUGUACAAUGGCUCACCCUUCAAAGACCAUUGGGCGUACUGGAUAUCCUCCCGUGUAAACCCUGAUGUUGGUGUCGCGAUGGACGCAGCUGGUGAUGUGCGGAGUGGUUUCGAGUUUCAGAUCAGGCGCAACCUCGAUUUAACCGAUUCUUCGAACCAGCCAUGGAAAAGGGUUCCAUUACAAUGGGUGGAUGGAAAGCAUUUCGAUGAAGCCAGAAUGUUCAACGGUGGGGAGUUCAAAGUCGACACGGUACCAGUCUGCGGUUUUGAAGCCAGCGCGCACAAAGUCAAGGUUCCGGAAAAGUCUUUGAACUCGGUUGAGGAGAUGGUGGAUACAAGCGACGUUGGAAAGAAAAUCUCACAGCGGAACUGCCAGACUUGGAUCGUCGAAUCCGCAGACCAGCUCGUUAAAGACGAUAUCUUCAACAAGGGGGCUGCGACCUAUCUUCACGCAGUCCGGCAGUGA